UGCUCAGUUUCCCAUAAAUAAACACAAAAGUAGAACCAUCAAAAUGACUACACAGAAAGUAGAUGAUCUUCACCCUCAGAACCUACGCACUGGUUCAUUGAGCACCGAUAAGGAGGUCGAGCAUCCCCACAUCAAAGAGCCUAAGUCACCCCGUGGAACGCACACGCCCGCUGACGCUUGCCCAGUUGACGAUCUACACCCCAAGAACUUGCGCGAAGGCGUACACCAACACGUCGACAAGGACGAGUAAAUCAUCAAAUCUUCCGGACAUAUACAAUCAUAUAUGUUAUGUGUAUAUAGACUACCAAAUAUACAAAACUUAUUGUACAACUAUGUGGCCAAAUCUGCGUGAAGGUGUACAUCAACGCGUUAACAAGAACGUGUAAAGAUUCGUACUAAUGUCGAGACAACCAAAUGAUCAAUACAUAAUAAAACCUUUUUUUUGUUGUACAAC